AUGGCAAGAUACACCAUCACACCUUGGCGUCAUCACAGCGACCUCCUCAAAGUGCGCCAACAACUUUACGGACGCAGCAAGGAUGGCCAAGACCACCGUCGCCAUGCAGUCAACCGUGUCCUUGCCUGGAAACUCCGCGGCAGCCUACCUCAUGCCAUCGAAUCCACCGCACUGCUGAUCGACGCAAUCCUCCAUCACGCAUCUUCUGCAAGCAACUCUCCCUUCAGCAUCCGCGCAGUCUACACGGCAGCUUUCACCCGCUUCGUGACAGGCUUCUGUGACAUAGGCCGCAACAAGGAGCGAUCCCUGGAGCCAUCGAGUAUGCUAGACAUUGCCAAGCAGAUCGGUAUGCCAGUGGAGUUCGUCGCACUGCGGCACGAGGCAACGCAUGAGGAGAUGCCAGGGAUCGGCAGGCUAGUGAAAGUCACAGAGCGAGCACUGAAGUGGUUGUGGGAGGUGUAUUGGAGCAAGCUACCUGAAGACGAAAGUGCAGAGAUCGUGGCGGCAAGUCUCGCAAGUCUUAAAGAUGAGGCAAGGAGGCUCUUAAAAGAAUUUAGGAUGACGCAUCGUGAAGCUUUGCGUGCGAAGCAAAGCGUAGUCGCGCAGGACUCGGUGAGCAGGACGAGCGAAGUCUGUCGAAGCCUGUGCGGGAACAGCAACGCGAAGAUGAGCGCUUUCGUCGAAGUCUUGAUUCAAGAUAGGCUACUGAGUCCGUCGAAACGGAAGCUAGGCGCAUUGAUGGAUGGCGCUUUCUUGAUCUGGGAUCCGCUACUGAAGGAUAUCGCCAGGAAGCAGAGGCGCUUUAUCCCAUGUCUUGUGACAGGCAUUCUUGAGGCCGUCGGCGCCUCGUCUUCGGCGCCUGCAGCGCGAGACGUCGACAAGGAAGCUCUGAGCCAGUGGCUGAUCCAGAUAGACUUUGACGAGAAUUGGAUGGCGUCUCGUUCUGAUCAUGAGCAGCAUGACCUUGAGGUGGAAAUUUGGAAGUGGUGCACUCUUCACGCCAAUCACUGGACCUCGUGGCUGGGUCAGAAGCUCGAACAGCACAACGAUGCGCAGAUUCCAGGUGAAUGGGCCGAGCUCCUCCAAGCGAGUCGACUGGGUUACGAGGAGGCCGGUGAAGACAAUGCUGAAGAUCUUGCGGAUCCUGAUGUCGAUGCUCGCGGUGCAUUGUCGGCGGUUGGCAAUGCAAGCCAGUCUGUGCCAUCGCCUUGGAGUCGUGUGGCUAUACCCAUCAGCACUCCCAUCGGGGUGGUUUUGUAG